UUUAGUAACUUUCUCAUAAGUGAGAUAUUUUUAAGUUUCAAAUGUUUUCCAAAACAGUGAGCGGUGCAUAUUUGCGUUUUAGAAGGGACAUUUCCCCUCAGAAAGCUAAAGGGGAAUGUCCCAUGGCAGAAUGGCCGACAUGUACUCUGUUCUAACCCAGGUCUGUAGGAUAUGAUUAAGUGGCAUGGAUUUGAGUGAUCAAUAAAUGCUUUGUGACCGACAUGUACUCUGUUCUAACCCAGGUCUGUAGGAUAUGAUUAAGUGGCAUAGAUUUGAGUGAUCAAUAAGUGCUUUGUGACCGACAUGUACUCUGUUCUAACCCAGGUCUGUAGGAUAUGAUUAAGUGGCAUGGAUUUGAGUGAUCAAUAAGUGCUUUGUGACCGACAUGUACUCUGUUCUAACCCAGGUCUGUAGGAUAUGAUUAAGUGGGAUGGAGUUGAGUGAUCAAUAAGUGCUUUGUGACCGACAUGUACUCUGUUCUAACCCAGGUCUGUAGGAUAUGAUUAAGUGGCAUGGAUUUGAGUGAUCAAUAAAUGCUUUGUGACCGACAUGUACUCUGUUCUAACCCAGGUCUGUAGGAUAUGAUUAAGUGGCAUGGAUUUGAGUGAUCAAUAAGUGCUUUGUGACCGACAUGUACUCUGUUCUAACCCAGGUCUGUAGGAUAUGAUUAAGUGGCAUGGAUUUGAGUGAUCAAUAAAUGCUUUGUGACCGACAUGUACUCUAUUCUAACCCAGGUCUCUAGGAUAUGAUUAAGUGGCAUGGAUUUGAGUGAUCAAUAAGUGCUUUGUGACCGACAUGUACUCUGUUCUAACCCAGGUCUGUAGGAUAUGAUUAAGUGGGAUGGAGUUGAGUGAUCAAUAAGUGCUUUGUGACCGACAUGUACUCUGUUCUAACCCAGGUCUGUAGGAUAUGAUUAAGUGGCAUGGAGUUGAGUGAUCAAUAAGUGCUUUGUGACCGACAUGUACUCUGUUCUAACCCAGGUCUGUAGGAUAUGAUUAAGUGGCAUGGAUUUGAGUGAUCAAUAAGUGCUUUGUGACCGACGUACUCUGUUCUAACCCAGGUCUGUAGGAUAUGAUUAAGUGGCAUGGAUUUGAGUGAUCAAUAAGUGCUUUGUGACCGACAUGUACUCUGUUCUAACCCAGGUCUGUAGGAUAUGAUUAAGUGGCAUGGAUUUGAGUGAUCAAUAACUGCUUUGUGACCGACAUGUACUCUGUUCUAACCCAGGUCUGUAGGAUAUGAUUAAGUGGCAUGGAUUUGAGUGAUCAAUAAAUGCUUUGUGACCGACAUGUACUCUAUUCUAACCCAGGUCUCUAGGAUAUGAUUAAGUGGCAUGGAUUUGAGUGAUCAAUAAGUGCUUUGUGACCGACAUGUACUCUGUUCUAACCCAGGUCUGUAGGAUAUGAUUAAGUGGCAUGGAUUUGAGUGAUCAAUAAGUGCUUUGUGACCGACAUGUACUCUGUUCUAACCCAGGUCUGUAGGAUAUGAUUAAGUGGCAUGGAUGGAAAUGGGGAGGUGGACUAUUUGCUGCAAGUUGAAGACUCAAUCAUAGAAGGAGUCAGCAACCCAGUCUUGUUUGUGGUCGUUCUCAGUGUCACGUUCUUGUGUGGACUGGUAACUCUGCUCUGCAGAAAUGAGCAGCAGAACAUCCACCCAGAGAACCAGGAACAUGUCCGUGCCGUCCGACAGCAGCUGCAGUCUGACUCACAGGAAGGUGAACCAACAGAGCCCAGGCAGCAGUUCUAUACAGACAUGUCCUGUCCAGUGUGUCUACAGCAGGCCGUGCUGCCCGUUGAAACCAACUGUGGACAUCUCUUCUGUGGUUCUUGUAUAAUUGCAUAUUGGCGAUAUGGGACAUGGCUUGGUGCUAUCAACUGUCCCAUCUGCAGACAAAUGGUGACCCUGCUGUUCCCUCUCUUCCAUGAGCAUGCCGCCCCUCAGCAGGUACAGGAUGGAACAGUUGAUCCGCUCCUCAUCCUCCGGGAUCUCGGCGACUACAACCGCAGGUUCUCCGGACAACCCAGAUCUCUGAUGGACCGGCUGCGUGACGUGCCCACGUUGCUGCGCCACCUCUUCAGGGAGAUGUUCUCCGUAGGGGGCCUGUUCUGGAUGUUCCGGAUCCGUGUCCUGCUGUGUCUGAUCGGGGCUCUGACCUACCUGAUCUCCCCUCUGGACUUCAUCCCCGAGGCUCUGUUCGGCCUGCUAGGCUUCCUGGACGACUUCUUCAUCAUCCUGCUUCUGUUCAUCUAUAUCUCUAUCAUGUAUAGAGAGGUGGUGACCCAGAGACUGGCAGCGUGAUGGAGAGAGGUGGUGACCCAGAGACUGGCAGCGUGAUGGAGAGAGGUGGUGACCCAGAGACUGGCAGCGUGAUGGAGAGAGGUGGUGACCCAGAGACUGGCAGCGUGAUGAAGAGAGGUGGUGGACCCAGAGACUGGCAGCGUGAUGGAGAGAGGUGGUGACCCAGAGACUGGCAGCGUGAUGGAGAGAGGUGGUGGAGAGAGGUAGUGACCCAGAGACUGGCAGCGUGAUGGAGAGAGGUGGUGACCCAGAGACUGGCAGCGUGAUGGAGAGAGGUGGUGACCCAGAGACUGGCAGGGUGAUGGAGAGAGGUGGUGACCCAGAGACUGGCAGGGUGAUGGAGAGAGGUGGUGACCCAGAGACUGGCAGGGUGAUGGAGAGAGGUGGUGACCCAGAGACUGGCAGGGUGAUGGAGAGGUGGUGACCCAGAGACUGGCAGGGUGAUGGAGAGAGGUGGUGACCCAGAGACUGGCAGGGUGAUGGAGAGAGGUGGUGACCCAGAGACUGGCAGGGUGAUGGGAGAGGUGGUGACCCAGAGACUGGCAGGGUGAUGGAGAGAGGUGGUGACCCAGAGACUGGCAGGGUGGUGGAGAGAGGUGGUGACCCAGAGACUGGCAGCGUGAUGGAGAGAGGUGGUGGAGAGAGGUGGUGACCCAGAGACUGGCAGCGUGAUGGAGAGAGGUGGUGACCCAGAGACUGGCAGCGUGAUGGAGAGAGGUGGUGGAGAGAGGUGGUGACCCAGAGACUGGCAGGGUGAUGGAGAGAGGUGGUGACCCAGAGACUGGCAGCGUGGUGGAGAGAGGUGGUGACCCAGAGACUGGCAGCGUGAUGGAGAGAGGUGGUGACCCAGAGACUGGCAGCGUGAUGGAGAGAGGUGGUGACCCAGAAACUGGCAGGGUGAUGGAGAGAGGUGGUGACCCAGAGACUGGCAGCGUGAUGGAGAGAGGUGGUGGAGAGAGGUGGUGACCCAGAGACUGGCAGGGUGAUGGAGAGAGGUGGUGACCCAGAGACUGGCAGGGUGAUGGAGAGAGGUGGUGACCCAGAGACUGGCAGCGUGAUGGAGAGAGGUGGCCCGGGACCCAGAGACUGGCAGCGUGAUGGAGAGAGGUGGCCCGGGACCCAGAGACUGGCAGCGUGAUGGAGAGAGGUGGUGACCCAGAGACUGGCAGGGUGAUGGAGAGAGGUGGCCCGUGACCCAGAGACUGGCAGCGUGAUGGAGAGAGGUGGUGACCCAGAGACUGGCAGGGUGAUGGAGAGAGGUGGUGACCCAGAGACUGGCAGCUUGAUGACACCCGUUCAGUUCGGCUGCGGGGAAAUUUGAUUGUGAUGCAGGACCCAGGAGGACAAUCUAUGCCAUGGACAUAGUUACUGAUCAUUCAGGUCAAAGGUCAAUUAGCUUCAGGUCAAAGACACAGGGAGAGUGCUCUGUUGCUCUGGACUGGAGUUCCAUCAUGCAGAAGUGUGGGGACUAGUUAACGGGUCUGUUGGCAAAAUGUUUGUUAUUGGCAGGUUGUUAUUUCAUCAGUUGACGUAAUCCUAUUGAAUAUGCUAAUCUAAAAUGUGUGUGUGUGUGAGAGUGAGACGGGGCUGGGACAAUAAACUGAUAAUUACUGA